GAAAGAAAAAGAAAAACCCUAGUCGUUGUAGUUGAAAGAGAGAGAGAGGGGUGAGGUUUAUAUAAAUUUAUUUAUUUAUGUUGGCAGCGAAGCUUUCCUCUUCGCUCUUAGCUUUGAAGCCUCGCCAAGUUUUACUUUCUUUCAACCUAACCAUGAAAAGCAAGGCUUCGGCUCAGUCCUUGAAUCCCCACCAAAAGUCUCUUCUCCUACUCUCCAUUGCCCACUUUCUGGAACGCAAUUUCUUCUCCAAAACCCUCAAGAAGUUUCUCUUAGAAGCCCAAAUCCAGAAAAAUGAUUUGAUAGGUUCUUCCCUGGAUUUGGAAGAAAUGUGCUGCAAGUAUUUGGCAAUGAGUGAUCUUUCUAGCUCAAGUUUAAACAGAGAUCAGGUCCAAGAUAUGCAGGUGGAUGGCAAUCCUAAUAGUGAUGAGCAAGCUGGCAUUGCUUCUGCUGUUGAAACCGCAAGCAAGAAAAAGAAGAAAAGAGGCAAUAAGAGUAGAACUGCUACCAUAGCUGGUCAAUCUGAAGUUGAUAAGUCUGCCAACUCUAAGAAUAGUGAGGAGCAAGUUUUCCCUGAAUCAUCAAAGGCACCUGCUGGUGAUAUGGGUGGGUUGCAAUUGGAUGAGUAUGCUAAGAAAGAGAAGGAGAAAAAGAAGAAGAAAAGCAAGUUGGAUUCUGAAUCUCAUGUUGAUAAAGUAGAAUGUUAUCCUUCAGAAUCAUUAGGUGGGGAGUCUGAAAAGAGAUCUAAAGAUGCAGUAUCUACAGAGAGUAAUAGAGUGUAUGAUGCUGGGAUAAAAAAUGAAACUAAGGAUAAGAAAAAAAAGAAAAACAAGCUGACUUCUGAUUCUUUAGGUGACAGUAUCAACCAACAUGGUUCAGAGAACAGGCCACAUGCUGCUACUACUUUUAAUGCUAGUGACAUUUCAUUGGAAGACAAGACUUCCAAAUCUAGAAAAAAGAAAAAGAAGGAUGAUACUGAAGAUAUUGAAAAAGGAAAAUCAAGUAACACAGAGUCUAAGCAUAGUAAAAACAGUAUCUCCAAGGAGGAUUCAACAAUUACAGAGAGUAAAGGUUCCAAGAAAAGGAAAAGAUUGGAUCCUGAAGUACAUGAUUCUCAGCCUGUCGAGGAAAAUGCCAUUGAAGACUCUAAACGUAGAAAGACAGAGAGUUCAGAAGAGAAAUACACAAAGUUAAAUUCAUUAGCGGGAGCUGACAAGCCUGUCAGUAAUGAAAAUAAUGGAGAAAGUGGUGAGGUGGGUGUCAAUGAUUUUCAAAAGAAGCCUGCAAAACAGCUUCAUGAGCAGGAAAAUGAGAACAUUGACAAAAAUGGAAAGAAUUCUGAGCAAAAGGGCUUGAAGAAGCAUCAAAAUGGUUCAGUUGAGCCAAAGAAACCAUUUCAAAGAGUGAACAUCGAUGAUGUAGUAUUUGUUGAUAGCAGGCUUGAAGAUAAUUCGUACUGGGCAAAGGAUGGUGCUGAAAAUGGAUAUGGUGCAAAAGCACAAGGAAUUCUAGGGCAAGUAAGAGGAAGGGAUUUCCGGCAUGAGAAGACCAAGAAGAAGCGUGGAUCGUACAGAGGUGGACAGAUUGAUCUGCAGUCUCACUCAGUUAAAUUCAAUUAUUCUGAUGAUGAGUAACUGGGGACUUUGUGAUGCAUGAUGAUUGAUGAGCUAUUUCUUUUUGCCCUUUUCAUGCUUUUGAGGAAAUAUGGAAAUAUUAAGCGGAUCUCAAUGAUAAUUCUUGUAUUCCUCUGUCGACUCUUUCGUAUUGUUUUGUCGCAGUUAGUUGUUUCAUGCUUAAA